AUGGCCCCUCCAGAUAUCGUGAACAAACCUGCCCAGGGCAUCUCCUACUUUACACCAGCCCAAGCGCCUCCAGCCGGGUCCGCUGCAAGCCCACAAUCCGACGGAUCACAACCUCCCAAGCUCUUCCAGCCCUUCAAAGUGCGAGGCCUGACCUUUCACAAUCGCAUUGGCCUCUCUCCACUCUGUCAAUACAGUGCCGACGAUGGCCACAUGACGGACUGGCAUAUGGCUCAUUUAGGGGGUAUCGCCCAGCGCGGGCCCGGUUUCCUCAUGGUAGAAGCAACGGCAGUGCAAGCGAAUGGCCGCAUCACCCCUCAAGACCAUGGUCUCUGGAAGGACUCGCAGAUCGAACCCCUCCGCCGAGUGGUCGAGUUUGUGCACAGCCAAAACCAAAUUAUUGGCAUCCAAAUGGCCCACGCAGGUCGGAAAGCGAGCACCGUCGCGCCCUGGCUUAGUAUGGCAGACAUGGCUACCGAGAAGGCUGGCGGAUGGCCCGAUAACGUCAAGGGGCCCUCAAACACGCCAUUCCACGACAAGUUCCCCAUGCCCAAGGCGAUGACUCUCGCCGAGAUUGAGCAGUUCAAGGCAGAUUGGGUGUCGGCUGUCAAGCGCGCUGUCAAGGCUGGUGUGGAUUUUGUGGAGAUUCAUAAUGCCCACGGAUACCUACUUAUGAGUUUCUUGUCCCCCGCAACGAACGACCGUACCGACGAGUAUGGUGGCAGCUUCGAGAAUCGUAUUCGUUUGUCGCUCGAAAUCGCCCAGUUGACUCGCGACAAUGCACCCAAGGAUAUGCCUAUCUUCCUGCGUGUAUCAGCUACCGACUGGUUGGAAGAGUCCAUGCCCGACCAACCCAGCUGGCGCGUCGAAGACACCGUGCGUUUCGCAAAGGCUCUCGCCGAGAGCGGUAAUGUCGAUGUCCUAGAUAUCAGCAGCGGAGGUAACCACCAGAAGCAGCAUAUUCACGCCAAGGCCGCGUUCCAGGCGCCAUUUGCCAUUGAGGUGAAGAAGGCGGUUGGAGAUCGGCUGCAGGUUGGCACGGUCGGCAUGAUCAAUGACGGUCAUUUGGCGAAUUGCCUGUUGGAGAAUAACGACCUGGACUUUGUCCUGGUCGGGCGGGGAUUCCAGAAGAAUCCCGGUCUUGUGUGGACGUGGGCGGAGGAAUUGGAUGUUGAGAUCUCCAUGGCCAACCAGAUUCGGUGGGGCUUUGGGAAUCGCGGUGGUGGUGUUUACUUGAAGAAGCGACAGGAGAAGAUGUAG